AAUCUCAGCAAUUACAGACAGGCAGGUUUACAGGCUGCUAUUUUGGGGUCCUCUUAGAUUAAACAGAAAUACAGUUAAAGCAACCAGUCUGUUCCGGUAUAUUAAAUAGAUUUAUAAAAUUAUUCGGGUUUUAGUAACUUUAAAAAAAACAGUUUAUAUCCAUGGUGUUGUAAAUUACUUGAGCGAUGUUCGUUCUUAAAGUUUAAGCCAUGAACAGUAAAAUGGGGUUAGCUGAACUUGGUAACGUUCAUUAUCUAUUUUGACCAACGUUUCAAGCAGUUGUCGUAUUUAUAGUUUAAAAACAUGGAUGAGUACCCCGGAGUCACCGACACCGACAGGGAUUCAACAAAACUACAGGAGAGACAUUACUACCUGCUAUCUGAACUGCAAACUUUAGUCAAAGACUUACCAAGCUCCUUCCAGCAGCGGCUGACCUACAACACGCUGAGCGACCUGGCUUUAGCCCUCAUUGAUGGCACAGUAUAUGAGAUUGUGCAGGGCCUCCUGGAUAUUCAGCAUCUGACAGAAAAAAAUCUGUACAACCAAAGGCAGAAGCUGCACUGUGAACAUCAAGGACUCAAACAAGAUCUGGUUCGAAAACACAAGGAUGCAUUACAGUCAUGCAAGCCGCACAACCUUUCACUUCUCAAGACAACCCAGCAAACUGAACUUGAGGCUUUGGAAGUUCGGGUUCGCGAGGAGCAAAAGAUGAUGGAUAAGAAGAUUGUUGUAGAAAUGGACCAAAAAGUGACUGACCAGCAGAACACCUUGGAGAAGGCAGGAGUCCCAGGGUUUUACAUCACCACUAAUCCUCUGGAGCUCACGAUGCAGAUGAACCUGCUUGAACUGAUUCUCAAGCUUCAACAGAAGGAGUCGCAAGCCGGGCUGCUAUGAGACAGAUGUGCCAACAGAGACAGUAUUUUUCUAUUUUUGUCAUAUACAGAAGAUCAAAAAAAAAAGAUGUGAUCAAAGAUUUGGUCACAUCCUGGAAAAAUUAAGUUUUGGCCUGAAGGAGAACAGUGGGACAUUUUGACAGACCAGAUCAAAGUUAAGAAAUGAUAAAAGUGGGCCUAAUUCCUGUUAAUGCACUGUAAACUUUCUUAAGGACACUUUGCCUGUUAUUUUGUCCUCCGACUUAAAGCAAGGGGACAGUUUUGAUGUAUCUCUCAUUACUUUUCUAAGAAAUACCCACAGUUUUGAGUAUUUUCAGUUUUUUUGCACAAUUUUUUUGUUUUUUUUAUCCCAUGUUCACUUGGAAGUUUCAUCUGUUAUUAGGUCAUAUUGAGUUUAGUGUUAUAAUAAUGGCACAUGUGACCUUACUUUAGUUGUCAGUAAAUUUAUGUUUUGGAAUUAUGUUCCUAAUGUAUGUUAAUCUGCUGAAACUGUGAAGAAUAAGUCUUUAGGUUAGAGUUUUUUUUAUUUUUUUUUAAUUUCCUAAAUAAAAGACAACUGG